AUGAAGAAGGAUGUAAUAGCAAUUCAAGAAAAACUUGGUAUUAGCUGGGAAGCUAGCAUGGCUAAUGGCAAUGUACCAAAGCAAACAGAACACGAGCCCGAAGGAAAAACACUUGCUGAUUCAUAUAAGUUAUUAUUAAAUUUGGUGGGAUAUUUAAUACCGAUACAGGAAAAUCUCGACAUCAAUGGCAACCCCGUUCUAGCGGAGUGUUAUAAUAAUGUGGCAAAUCAAAGCAAUAAGGAUUUUACUGAUUUAUCACUUUCGAAAUUAUUUAAUUUGCUUUUAUACUUAGAGGAGGAUAUAAUGGCAAUUCAGGAAGAAGUUGGUAUUGUCGGUUAUACUAAUCAAGAAACAGUAGAAGAAGCCGAUAAAAAUGCGAGGGUAUAUCUCCGAAAGUUUGAGGAAUUUCACGGUCUCUUAGAAGAUGAUCUAGGUGUGGUAUUAAAGAAAUUCAUUGAUAGGGGAGUAAAGAAAUUUUGGUUUACAGGUGAGGGACUACCAUUAUUUCUGAAUGUUUCUCUUCAACAAUUACAUGAAGUUUUCGUCAAAAAAUCGGCUAACAUCGGUCAAUGUCCAUGUCUAGAAUCAAAAGUAAAGCAAGGAAAAUUAUCACAGAUAUAUAUACAACACAGCAAAUAA